AUGACGAGCUACUUGCCAGAGACGACGGACCCCACAAAAGUUGAAACGAACCGGCUAACGCCACUAGAGGUCGCUCAGCAAGUCAAGCCGCUCAAUGAUACCCAGCUCAAAGUGCUAGCAUGCAUUGCCGACACGGUCUUCGCUGCGCACAAUGAUGAAGAAGCCGCCUGGAUCACAGCGGCGAUGCCCGCGGAUGCUAAUGAUUUCCAACGGAAGAAUAUCACAAAGUUUGCAAAGGCAAAGUACUCGGACUCGCCGACUGCGCUCGACGAUCUCGUGAGGCAGAUGGUCGCUUCAGUCUCUGGACCCAAUAUCAAGGAUCUCGGCCUCAUGCUCAGCGCGCUCUCGACCCGAGUGGGUACUUUUGCCAUGUCCGGCAAAACCUCAGCAUUCUGUGAUCUAUCACAAGCCGACAGAGAGACUGUCAUCCGCGGCUGGGGCAAUUCGCCUAUCUUCCUCCUCCGAAAGGCAUAUGCCGCUUUCACUGCACUGACGCUCUUCGUGGUCUACAACGCUUUCGACACUGCGUCUGUCGGUAUUGGUUACCCUUUCAAUGGCGAUCCCAUGCGUCAAUCGACAGACGAACGCAUACAAAAGUCGUAUCCUUUCAAGUUUGAGCAAAUCUCAAAAGACUAUCAGACAUUUGACACCGAGAUUCUCAUCAUCGGGUCGGGCGCUGGCGGUGGUGUCGUAUCUGCGACGCUGUCAAAGGCAGGCUUGCAGGUCAUGGUCGUCGAGAAGGGCGUCUUCGUGCCUACCGAGAGCAUGAACGGUCGCGCGCUGGACGGCUACCGAAACUUAUACGAAGCCGAGGGCAUCAUGGUCACUGAUGAUGGCUCAAUGAACAUCCUCGCCGGUAGCACAUUCGGGGGAGGCACGACCGUCAACUGGUCAGCCUCACUGAAACCUCAGCACUACGUCAGAGAGGCCUGGGCGAGAAAGUAUGGACUUACCUACUUUGUUUCGAACGAAUUCCAGCAGUCGCUCGACUUUGUCUGCGAGCGUAUGGGUGUUGAUACCAAGCAGAUCAAGCACAACGCUGCCAACCAAAAGCUAAUCGACGGUGCAAAGAAAGUCGGCUACCAUGUGGAUGAGAUACCACAGAAUACCGGCGGCAAGGAGCACAGCUGUGGAUUCUGCGGUUUCGGCUGUCCGUAUGGCGAGAAGCAGGGCGGAACAGCGACGUGGCUCAGAGACGCAGCUGAGAACGGUGCCAAAUUCAUGCAAGGCGCUUCAGUCGAACGCAUCCUCUUCUGCCCUCCUGGAGCCCUCAUGCUGCCAGACGCACAGAACUACAAGGCGUUUUUCUACAACAAGACCAACACGAGAGCUGUGGGCGCUCUGUUGAAGUUCAAGGACGGCCGUCAUGCUAUCGUCAGGGCCCAUAAGUCUGUUGUUGUCUCUGGCGGGUCACUCAACAGCCCGGUCAUCCUGCAGAAGUCCGGCCUAACGAAUCGCAACAUCGGUCGCGGUCUCCACCUGCAUCCCUGCGGCUUCGUCACAGGCUAUUAUGACGAGAAGAUCGAGCCAUACAACGGUGCUAUCAUGACCACCGUCUCCAAUGUCGUCGAGAACGUCGAUGGCGAGCACUUUGGUGCCAAGAUCGAGAUUAUUGCUUCGUCUGCGGGCACAUACGGCGCUGCCGUCGUCGGCUGGAACGGCAGCAAAGAACACAAGCGUAACGCGCUCGAGUACCCCAACUCUGUCUGCAUGAUCAUUCUGUCACGCGAUCGCGAUGGCGGCAGAGUCUACACAGAUGCAGAGGGCAAGUGUCGCGUCGACUACACGAUCAGUCCUCACGAUGCAAAGUCGAUGCAUGCCGGUAUCAAGGCUGCCGUGCAGAUGCAGCUUGCAGCAGGCGCACGACGAAUUUCGACUUCGCAGCGGCUUGUGCCUGACUUCAUCGUCAAGAACACUCCUGCCAGCUUGAACGAUCCCGACUUUGUCGAGUGGUUUGCACAAGUCGAGAAGGCUGGCGUCAAGCCUAGCUGGAGCUCAAUUGGCAGCGCUCACCAAAUGGGCAGCAAUCCCAUGGGUACCAAGCCUACCAACGGUGCCGUCGACCCUCGCGGACGUCCUUGGUCUACGCAAGGUCUUUAUGUUGCCGACGCUUCCGUCUUCCGUGAGGCAUCCGGCGUCAACCCUAUGGUCACAACAAUGGGUGUAUCUCACUCCAUCGCCAAAUUUAUCAUUGCCGACUUGGCUCAGUCAGGCACACAGCCUGCCUUCCAAUUCAACGAAGCACCGCAACCACACUUGUAA